AUGACUAUCACCGAACACCGCUGUAUCGCAGAUGAUGAGAAUCCUCAUAUCUUCUCAGCUUGCCACCCAGCCACAAUUAACGAGGAUAAGUCGGAAAUAGAGAGAACACAGACAACAAUACUCGCUGCUUGGACAGUCCUCUUGAGGGACUACUAUGCACCAAACCUACCUACUUUUAUUCACCUUCAACCAAAAGGCAAACAUCAAAAUCUUCCCAAGAAGAACACGAAGGUCUCAUCGGAAGAUCUUCACGGCCAAUGCCUUUCAAUUCAAACAGAUAAUGCUUUUACAAGCAAUCAAUUGAUAGAGACAUUAUCGCAGGCUAUUGCAACCAAUGAUUGGGAAGGAUGCACGAGCAAGGAACAGAAGACGGCUGUCUUGCUGCUUUCGAAUGAGCAGUUGAAAUGUCCGCCAAAGGUGCUUGAGCUGUUUGAGGUUGAAUUGCUGCUUGUUUUUGCAAUUUCUGACGACAGUAUGGUGGCAAAUGUUUACAGUAACAGCCUUAAAAAGCCAGAGCUUAAGCCAUGCGCCGUAUUGAAAAGUCUUCAGAGUAUAUACAAAACUCUAUUGGGAGAACCCAGCAUCAAAAUUGAUAAAAUGAGCAGUAUAACCUCAUUCGACAUCGAAAGACUGCGCGACAUCAAUACCGCAAAGCACAAUCAAAACGACUAUCCAGAAUGUCUGCAUGCAAUUAUCACGAAGCAAUACCAUCUGCGUCCAGACAGCAUUGCAAUUGAGUCAACCACAGAAAAGAUCACAUAUGAACAGCUGGGAAAACAAUCUGCUGUCAUCUGUCAGAUUCUGAGGAGCAAAGGUGUCAAGCCCGGAGGUACCGUAGGCCUUUGCAUGGAAAGAUCCGUGGAGACGAUCAUCAUCUUGAUUGGAAUAUUGAGAGCAGGUGCUGCAUACACUGCAAUAGAACCAUCGUAUCCUUUGGCAAGAAUCUCAGAAGUGAUUGAAAGAGCUGAUAUUCAAUAUCUCGUGACUGAAGAAAAACAACUUGAGAAAUUCAAAGAUCUCAAAGCCAGGCUGAUCAAACCAGAGGGAUUUGAUGAUGAGGAGUGCCCGAAAGACUGGCAGCAAGACCUCAGCAUCGAUGCUUCACAGCCAGUUUACUUCAUGUUCACCUCUGGAAGCACGGGAGUCCCAAAGGGCGUCAUUCACGGCCAUGAUGCAGUCUCUCGUAGCCUUCUCCAGUGUAUCGAAGAAUUCAAUAUUGAUGCUUCCACCCGAUUCAUGCAAUCUGCCAGUCUUGCUUUUGAUGCCAGUAUAAUGGAGGUGUUCGCUCCACUAGCAGCUGGUGGAUGUCUCUGCAUGAUCUCACCGGAAGAGCGCAACGGCGACCUCGAAUCAACAAUGAACGAUCUGAAAGUAUCGCAUGCUUGGCUCACUCCAUCGAUGAUACCCCAAAUUCAUCCAGAAAAUCUGCCAGGUCUUCGAUUUCUGGGGCUCGGAGGUGAACCUACAACGGCGGAGAUCGUGUCAACAUGGGGCGAGCGAGUUCAAUUGAACAAUAUGUACGGAUCAACCGAAGCUGGAGUCUGGGACACAGUGAAGUUGGCAAUGAAGCCCGGUGAUAACCCCCGAAAUAUUGGACGUGGAAUCGGCAAUGUUGCAUGUUGGAUCACAGAUCCUUCCAAUGUGCACAGAUUGAUGCCUUUCGGUGCCGAGGGAGAGCUGCUCAUACAGAGUCCGUUCCUGACACUUGGAUACCUCAAAGACCCCGAUGAUCAGGCCAAAGUCCUUCUGGAACCCUCGUCACUCGAGUGGGCUGCCUUCAUGCCUCCAAUCAAAGGUUCACGAGUCUAUCGCACAGGGGAUCUGGUCAAAUACGACGAAAAUGGUGAUAUUAUCUUUCUGGGUCGUCAGACCGGUUAUGUCAAGAUUCGAGGUCUACGUGUGGACCUUAGAGAGGUGGAAAGUGCCAUAGGCCUAUGUCUCGAGACCGGUCGCUCGGCAGUGAUUUUAUCUGAUAAUGAAUCAAGUGAUUCCGAGAUUGUUGCAUUCAUUGAAACAAGUCAGGAUCAGCAAAGCCAACUGGCGGAUAUGCUUUCCACCCAGCUCUCGAAAUCUCUACCGGAAUACAUAAUUCCAAGCAUUUUUGUACCAAUCGAUUCAUUGCCACUCACAAUGUCAAAGAAGAUUGACCGACAGAAGCUUCACAGCCAACUUCUUCAGAUGAGCCAAAAGGACAUUCGUAUGUGCCGCAGAGGUGGCUCCGAGAGCGAAGAGUUCCCUGAGAUCCCAGAAGCGCACACAACGGCGAUAGAAAUCAGCAACAUAAUUGCAGACAUGAUCGAGGCAAAAGACGAGGAGUUUGCAUCAUAUAUUCGGGGUCGGGACUUCUCGCUGGUCAAGACUGGUUUUACAUCCAUGCAAUUGGUAUCAUUGGUGAAUGUGAUUCGCAGGGAAUACCAAAAAAAGCUCAACAUUGAGACCUUGCAUAAAGAUGUGACCGUUUGCAACAUUGCAGACAGUCUCACAGGGAUAAUCAAGCUAGAAAAGAAAGACACAGAUUCCCGGAAUUUGAUUGCCGACUUCGCGAAACUGAAGUCAAAGCUAGAUUUCAUCCAGAUUCGCUCAGCGACUGUCUUCCUGACAUCCGUCACCGGUUUUCUUGGUAGCCAGAUUUUGCGUUCUCUUUUGGAACACCCCCAAAUUGGGCGUGUAAUUGGACUUGUCCGCGCCAAGGAUGAAAAAGAAGCGCGAAGAAAGGUUCAAGAGAAUGGCGAACUUGGUCGGUGGUGGCAGCCAGAUUACCAAAAUCGUAUUGAAGUCUGGACUGGAGAUCUAAGCAAACAAGCGCUUGGAUUGGAACAAUCUAAGUGGGAAAGACUGUUCACAACAGACGCGACUAGACGAAUCGACUGCAUCAUUCACAAUGGUGCCAGAGUGAAUUGGAUGGACAGCUAUGAGGAGCUCGAAAAAGUCAACAUCCAUAGCACCAUUGAGAUCCUGUCCGGGCUUUCAAAAAUGGAUUCUCCCUGCAAAUUGAUCUAUGUCUCUGGCGGAUACAUGCCAAAAGAUGCAGAAAGCCAUUCUCAGAUUGCGAGAAAGCUCUCCGACGCAUCAGGAUACGACCAAACGAAGUUCAUGUCUCAGUUGCUGUUAGCCGAGUACAACAGACACCUAGACCGAGAGAAGAAAAAAAGCCAGAAAGCACAGACUGUAAUCCCAGGAUUCAUUGUCGGGUCCCAGAAAGAAGGGAUCGCCCAUUCAGAAGACUUCCUCUGGCGACUGGCAUUCACAAUUACACGCCUUAGAUCCGUCAGCGAAGAGCUUCAUUUUUUCACUGUGGCAGGCGUGGAUCAGAUUUCCAAUCUCAUUACGGAUAUAUUCUUGCAACCGGAAAGGUAUUCAGCAGAGGCAAUUCAUUGUGUCGAUGGUGUGACAGUUUCCACAUUCUGCGAUUCUCUUGGCAAGGUGACGGGAUUACCAAUCGAAAGAAUAGAGCAUGAAAAAUGGAUGAGACUUGUACAAGCCGAAGUCGAGGAGGCUGAUUUUGAUCAUCCGUUCAUGCCAAUGCUGAGGUGGUUUGAAGAGAAUACAUGGCAAUUCAUGGGAGAUCAAGACGAAGUCCCAGAAAACUGCCAUUUUGACACCAAAGAAACAAUCGUAGCCCUGGAGAGCAGCGUGAGAUAUUUGAUGGAUAUUGGGUAUCUUUCACACGCUGGGGACAAGCAAAAGCGAUUGACACGGUCUCCUAUCUUCAGGAGAUCCAGUUAUUGA